CACUACCGAGCUUUGUUGCGAUCUCGGGAAGGAGAAGGAGGAGAGCGAGAGCUUUGGUGAUUGGGAUCUGCUGGUUAUGCAGCAGAGAGGAAGGUGUCUCAAUCGCAGAUCGCGUAGUUUCUCUCGAUCUCGGAUAGCCAUCGAGGGCGCUUGAGCAUUUGGUUUCUCCUCCACCCAUUCUCUCGAUUUGUUGCGUGUGAGAAUGGCUGCGGUUAAUGGUACUAUAGGGUGGAGCUGAGAGGGAGGUGCAGAAGAGUUAUUGGAUGGAGCAUUCCCAGGAUCUGACCGUCGAGGCCAUGAUGCUUGACUCCCGUGCUGCUGAUCUCGACAAGGAAGAGCGUCCUGAGGUUCUUUCCCUACUUCCACCAUUUAAAGGAAAAUCUGUCUUGGAGUUGGGGGCUGGUAUUGGUCGAUUUACCGGUGAAUUAGCAAAAGAAGCUGGCCAUGUUCUAGCACUUGACUUCAUUGAAACUGUAAUUAAGAAGAAUGAAAGUAUUAAUGGACAUUUUGCAAAUGCAAGUUUCAUGUGCGCUGAUGUUACUUCACCAGAGUUAAAGAUAGAAGAUGAAUCUGUGGACUUGAUAUUUUCAAACUGGCUGCUUAUGUAUUUGUCGGACAAUGAGGUUGAAAAUCUGGCAGAAAGGAUGAUUAAGUGGUUAAAGGUUGGAGGAUAUAUUUUCUUUAGGGAGUCUUGCUUUCAUCAGUCUGGGGAUUGCAAGAGGAAAAGUAAUCCAACACAUUAUCGAGAACCAAGAUUCUACACUCAGGUGUUUAAAAAUUGCCAUGCUCACAAUAGUGGUUCAGAUUCCUUUGAACUUUCUCUUAUCACUUGCAAGUGCAUUGGCGCAUAUGCCAGGAACAAGAAAAAUCAAAAUCAGAUAUGCUGGUUGUUCCAAAAGGUCAGAUCAACUGAUGAUAGGGGAUUCCAACGUUUCCUUGAUAGCGUACAAUAUAAAAGUAGUGGAAUAUUACGUUACGAACGAGUCUUUGGAGAAGGCUUUGUGAGCACUGGAGGAAUUGAAACUACGAAGGAAUUUGUGUCAAAGCUGGAACUCAAACCUGGUCAGAAAGUCCUUGAUGUUGGUUGUGGCAUUGGUGGAGGUGAUUUCUACAUGGCAGAAAAGUUUGAUGUUGAUGUGAUUGCCAUUGAUCUCUCUGUAAACAUGAUUUCAUUUGCCCUUGAACGAGCCAUUGGCCUCAAAUGCUCAGUGGAAUUUGAGGUUGCUGACUGCACAAAGAAAACAUAUCCAGAUAAUACAUUUGACGUGAUCUACAGCCGUGACACUAUUCUUCACAUACAAGACAAGCCAUCUUUGUUUAAGGAGUUCUUCAGGUGGCUGAAGCCAGGGGGGAAGGUUCUCAUAAGUGACUACUGCAAGAACCCUGGAACACCAUCUGAGGAAUUCAAAGAAUACAUCAAACAAAGAGGAUAUGAUCUGCAUGAUGUUGGAACUUACGGAAAGAUGCUCAAGGAUGCUGGUUUUCAUGAGGUUGUUGCCGAAGACCGAACAGAUCAGUUUAUUGAAGUUCUUCAGAGGGAGUUGGAUGCUGUUGAGAAGGAAAAGGAUGAAUUUAUUUGUGAUUUCUCAAAGGAAGAUUAUGAUGAUAUUGUUGAUGGAUGGCGAGCAAAGUUGAAGAGAAGCUCAAAAGGUGAACAGAGGUGGGGCUUGUUCAUUGCUAAAAAGAAAUGAACUUUAAGAAGCAAUGGACAUAUUUAAUAAUGAUAUUGUCUAAUAAAAUUGUAUUUGCUUAGCUAUGUUUAUGGUACUAUUAAUUUGCAGUUCACUGUAUCUCGGAAAUGCUGUUAAACUAUAUGCUUUACUUUUUGAAUAAUAAACUUAUAAUAAAGUUGGCUAGCAUCAGCCAACAUGGUUGGCUAAGUGCACCGUUUCUUGGUGGGUUCUUAUGUAGGAUGAGAAGUAAUAUUGUUUGCAAACUUUGUGAAACGAAGUCCCAAAAGGAUUUUCUCGGUUUCACUCAA